AUGCCUGGUGCAGACAGAAGAGAGAUGCAAGAGAAGCAACUUUUGAACCACGUGGCUGACAAGGAGCAAAGACCAUUAUCUGAGAGAAGCAAUCGUGCUGGAAACCUAUCUCAACCUGAGAAGAAGCUCCAAGAGGCUAUUUGUGUGCUGCUGGUGGAGCUGUGCGAGCGAUUCACGUUCUUUGGCAUUGUCUGCAACAUGAUCCUCUUCUGCACUGUCAAACUUGGCUAUCGCAACUACCAGGCAGCUAUUGUCAAUAUGUGCUUUGUAGGCACCUCCAUGUUGACUCCAGUACUUGUUGGCUGGCUUGCCGAAUGCCUUGUGGGGAGGAUCAAGCUUGUGUGCAUCUGCAUGUUUCUACACUUCCUAGGCACAGCCCUAUUACCUGUUGUGGCAUUCCCCUUUGAAGAUAUUUACAUUGACAGACGACAUGUUCUUCAUACGCUAACCAAAAGGGAGCAGAAAAUAGUAUUCUACUUUGCACUACUCACAGCUAGUCUGGGAAUAGGAGGGAUAAGAGCUAUAGUUUGUCCAUUAAGUGCAUACAACCUUGAGGACUGUGGACCGAAGGAACUUCUUUCUUUUUUCAACUGGUUUUAUUGGCUGAUUAACUUAAAUUCAGCACUUGUCUUUGUCAGCAUUUCUUAUAUCCAGCAGUCUGUGGCCAGGAACCUUGGUUUUCUUAUCCCAUUCGUGUCCGUGCUUAUGGCUACGAUCACAAUUCACAUGGUGCGUGGUGAAAUGAUUUACAAACCCAAAACAGACAGUUCCCUGCUGACGACUUUUGGGGUAAUCGCUAGUGCACUGAAAACGUGCUGCAUGCGAUAUCGCUACUUUAGUGGAGGCGUGACAAACUGGCUAGAUCAUGCCAAGGAAAACUGUGGUGGUCAGUACAGUGAGAUUCAGGUGGAAAGCACAAAGUCGCUUGCCAGGCUCUUCCCGUUGUUUGCUUUCCAAAUUCUAUACAGAACAUGUAUUAUGCAGAUUCCUUCAGGAUAUUAUCUCCAAACCAUGAAUUCCAACUUGAACUUCAGUGGAUUUGUCUUGCCAGUUGCAGCAAUGAAUGUGAUAAGCAUCGUGCCACUACUGAUUCUUGUUCCUAUUUUGGAAUGCAUUAACUCAUGUCUCUUUAGUUCCAAGGACACUGGACAUUCUCCAACAAUUUACAUCGUUGUAGGUCAGUUAUCUGCUGCACUUUCUGUGAUGGUUGCUGGCUUCUCUGAAAUACACCGAAAGCACUUCCCUCAGGUGGAGCAGAUGCUUUCAGAGGAGGUUCUCCUGGUCUCUUCCAUGCCUUGUUUCCACUUAGCUCCUCAGUACAUCCUACUUGGAGUGGCUGAAGCUUUGGUAACUCCCUCCUGUUCCUUACUUUCAUUCUGGCUUGUGCCAGAAAGAAUUAGAGGGAUUUCCAUGCAUUUUUUAACUCUCUUUAAUGGAGCUGGCUGCUUUAUGGGAGCUUUCUUUGUUCUGACAGCCCACGCAGGCACUCAAGGCAACUGGUUUCCACACUUGCUGCAUGAAGGUAAAUUGGAGAGAUUCUUCUUCUUCUUGGCUUCCUUAAUGACAGUGAACACCCUGGGGUUCUGGACCAUUGCACACAGAUACAGCAAUCUGAAUCAGGAAUACACCAAUGAAUUCAGAGGAAGUCUUCCUGAAGAAAAACUUCUGAAGCAUGAAAAAGCCAUCAAGCAUUAUGAUAGUGUCCUGGAAAGUUCUCCCAUUUUGUCUCCUAUGGAGAAAACCUGA